AUGGCUACACUCUUCGCCCAGCCGGCUUCCCACAUCCCUCCCACCCCCUCACCCCCACCAACAACCAUCCCGCCCGUCGUCUAUCGCGUGCACCGCCUCACCGCCCAAACACGGUACUCCUUCGCCACGGGCUUCAGCGCGAAGAACCAAACCACCAUCCUCAACUACACAUCGGCGCUCUCCCGCUUCGGUCUCGCACACCUGCACCAGCAGACCAACAUCAGCAGUCCGUUUAUCAGCGUGUACGACACACUAGCGCACGCGGAGAAAGUAGCGCAUCACUGGGCGGAGAUGUGGAGCGAGGAGGUUCUCGUUGUGAGUGUCGACACACGGCACUUUGCGCGGGGGCCCGUGUUCAGGGCAAGAGAUUUGCUCAAGGGCAAGGAUGCGGGACAGGCUGAUGGGUGGCUGCACUGCGGCGAGUAUCUGGUCAUGUACCGCAUCCCCGCGCAGGCUAUUCGCGACCAGACGCCGAUUGGCAAGGGCAAGAAGGAGGCUUGGAGGGCUGUUGGUGUUAUUGGUGAGGCCUGA